AUUAAAUUAGGAAAAGCAAACAGGUUAUCCCAUCGUCGAUGAUAUGCUUUAAAUGCAAAACCAAAGAAAGAGAAAAAAACAGAAAAAGAGGUGGUUGUGUGGGUACUCCCUUCCCUAGUACAUCAAGGGAGAAUGCUAACCAACACGUGAAGUUGGGAUCAGUUUUCAGCAGGACAAGCCCACCACCCCCCCUGUCCACAUUGACUUCCUCCGCUUUCUCUUCUCUCCCUUUCUUUCUUUCUUCCCUUCCUAGGGUUUUUCUUCUUUCUACCAAUGUGCUUACAUUUUUGACUCUGACAUUUCCCUCCCUGCCUGCAUACCUGAACCCCUCAUUCACGCUUUUCUUUUUUGGAUUAGCUUCUUCCGUGAUAUUCCAAUGACCCCAUUAUUUCAAGACCAUUCCCCAUGUGUUGUCCAUUGCUAAGAAGUCAGAGAAUCAUAUUGAUAGAAUCAAGCAAUUGUUGUGAGGCUUUGCUAGUAUCUUGAAGGCCUGGAGCAUGGACAAAAAAACUGCUGUCUUGUUCUGAAAUGCUUGCUACUAGGGAUUGAAAAACAAGCUUUUGGAUAGUCGUUUUUUUUUCUUCAAAAUAAAGAUUCCUAUAUAAUAGUAAAAGUGAAUUAUGAAUCAGAUGAAAUUCCCAAAGCGAUACUUAAUUGUCAUUUUAACCUUUGUCAGCACAUGUGUUUGUUAUAUUGAACGUGUGGGCUUCUCCAUAGCAUACACAGUUGCAGCUGAUGCUGCUGGGAUUAACCAAUCAAGUAAAGGCACAAUACUUUCCACAUUCUAUUAUGGUUAUGCUUGUUCUCAGGUGCCUGGAGGAUGGGCAGCUCAAAAGAUUGGGGGAAGAAAGGUUCUUCUUCUCUCAUUUGUAUUAUGGUCAUCAACUUGUUUUUUGGUUCCACUAGAUCCCAAUAGAGUCACAAUCUUGGUUGUUGCUCGCUUGCUUGUUGGUGUGGCACAAGGUUUCAUUUUCCCGUCCAUCCACACUGUCCUAGCACAGUGGGUUCCACCCCAUGAGAGAUCAAGAUCCGUUUCACUUACAACUUCUGGGAUGUACCUAGGUGCAGCUAUGGGGAUGCUUGCCCUUCCAAGCCUGGUGAAGUUCAAAGGUCCCCAAUCUGUAUUUCUUGCAGAAGCAGCAUUAGGUGUCAUGUGGUCUUUGCUUUGGUUUGAAUAUGCAACUGAUCCCCCUCGAUCUGAGCAUCCAAAAGCCACUGCUGCUGGUUUUGGAGAAUCUUUGUUGCCUACCAAAGCAAGUCAGAAGAUGAAAGUGGAGAAUGGAGGAAGUACUGUCAGAACUGUGAAAAUUCCAUGGAUGAGAAUUUUAGUCAGCAGGCCAGUUUGGGCAAUCGUGGUAAAUAAUUUCACAUUCCAUUAUGCGCUUUAUGUAUUGAUGAACUGGCUGCCAACAUACUUCGAGCAGGGCCUCCAGCUUAGUCUUCAGGAAAUGGGUUCUUCUAAGAUGAUGCCCUAUUUCAACAUGUUCAUAUUCUCAAAUAUCGGUGGGGUUCUUGCUGACCACUUGAUCACCAAAAGAAUAAUGUCUGUGACUAAAACUAGGAAGUUCUUGAACACUGUAGGAUUUAUAGUUGCUUCUGUUGCGUUGAUGGCACUUCCAAUCUUCAGAACUUCCGGUGGAGCUAUUUUCUUGUCUUCUGUGGCUCUUGGUUUCUUGGCACUUGGGAGGGCUGGGUUUGCAGUGAAUCAUAUGGAUAUUGCACCUAGAUAUGCAGGAAUUGUAAUGGGUGUCUCUAAUACAGCUGGUACUUUAGCUGGGAUUAUCGGGGUUGAUAUGACUGGACAGCUUCUUGAAGCUGCUAAAGCUGAAUAUGCAGAUCUUUCUACUCCAGAAAGCUGGAGAGCAGUCUUUUUCAUUCCUGGGUUGCUGUGCAUAUUUAGUUCUUUCAUAUUCUUGCUAUUCUCAACAGGGGAGAGGAUUUUUGACUGAAAUAAGCCAUGUACACAUAUACUUUUAAUUGGUAUAGCCAUCUGGUCAAGGGUUUCCAUAUGCAAAUCUCUCAUUGUGAUUGGUGAGCUAUUUGAUAUUAGUGAACGUAAACCCUUCCUGGGAAAGAUACAUUGAAAUUCAGACGACCAUAGAAGGUCAAAAGAAAUCAACGGAGCAGUAGCGAUUAGAAAUCAUUUUUUUAUUGUUAAUGUGAAUUAGUUGGAGUUCAUGUGUCAUUUUUGUUUCUACAGUGAGGUGGAGCAGAUUUAUUUUACACACAUGGAAGGAUCUGACCUUUGUUACAUGCAUAUAGUCAUAGAGACUGAUUUUCAAUGAGCAGUUGCUCUGAGAUCCUAAAAACUUCUUGGUAGUAAUAUUUAUGUAAGUAGAAAAGUUUUAAUUUUUCCCCAAUGAAAUUGAAUAAUUAUUUCACUUUAAAUUU